UAAUAAUAAUACUCCUACUUGAUUCGGUUGUUGAGCUGACUUACUCCUUGCCGUGUGCUCUCUUCCUGUGUUGUGUGUGUAACGCCAACUCAGUCUCUCUUCUCUUCUUUCUUUUCAACCAAAUGCCUUCACAAUCAGACUUCACUUGAUUCAUUCGAAUCUUCUUUUCUCAGAUCAUAAUUUCUUUCUGAUUUUUGCAUUUUUCUUUAACUCACUCAACCUCAACAUUUUUCCGAUCAGACUAACUAUUUUAACUACAGUGGUGUUCAAGCCAGGUAGCAAUGAAUUGUUUUCCGUUCAACAUCUACUACGGAGAAAAGAAGGCUGAUGCUAAAGGCUUGCAAAUGCAAUCACUAUCGGGUCUAUCGAACAACUCUACUUAUGGUGGGAGUGAGGUGAGAAGAACUGGUUCUGACUUGGAUGCCUCAGACAAUAGCACAGACUCCCUCAGGAGGAGUGCAUUUCCCAAUUUGUCCCAAAGACCCAGCAACCUGAGAGUAUUUACUGUAUCUGAACUGAAAUCAGCCACCAAGAAUUUUGGUCGAUCUGUUAUGCUAGGUGAGGGUGGAUUCGGGUGUGUCUACAAGGGAUUGAUCAAGAGUUCAGAUGACCCGCCUAGUAAAAUUGAAGUUGCAGUUAAGCAACUCGGUAAAAGAGGAAUUCAGGGGCAUAAAGAAUGGGUAACUGAAGUGAAUGUUCUAGGUAUUGUUGAGCAUCACAAUCUUGUGAAACUAGUGGGCUAUUGUGCUGAUGAUGAUGAAAGAGGAAUCCAGCGGCUUUUGAUAUAUGAAUAUAUGCCCAACGGAAGCGUGGAACACCAUUUAUCACCACGAUCAGAAACUCCUCUCUCAUGGAGUAGGAGACUGAAAAUAGCCCAAGAUGCUGCUCGUGGCUUAACAUACCUGCAUGAGGAAAUGGAUUUUCAGAUAAUUUUCAGAGAUUUCAAAUCUUCGAAUAUCCUUCUGGACGAGCAGUGGAAUGCAAAGCUGUCUGACUUCGGAUUAGCAAGAUUGGGACCAUCUGAUGGGUUAACUCACGUUUCAACAGCGGUUGUAGGAACAAUGGGGUAUGCUGCUCCUGAAUAUAUUCAAACUGGACGUCUCACUUCAAAGAGUGAUGUAUGGAGCUACGGAGUUUUUCUCUACGAACUCAUUACUGGCAGGCGGCCUUUGGAUCGAAAUCGUCCCAAGAGUGAACAGAAGCUGUUGGAAUGGAUAAGACCAUACCUUUCAGACGUGAAGAAAUUUCAACUGAUAUUGGAUCCAAGACUUGAGAGGAAACACCUCUCAAAGUCAGCCCAAAAACUUGCUUUAGUUGCCAACCGAUGCUUGGUCAGAAACCCUAAGAAUCGCCCGAAGAUGAGUGAAGUAUUAGAAAUGAUUGAUCGGAUUGUGGAAUCUUCGGUUAGUGCUAAUCCACAACCACCCUUGAAUUGUGUAGCCUCAGCCGAUGAUUCUCAAGACACUGAAAUAAAGAACAAGAAACGGACCAUGGAUUCAAAACCAGAUUGUAAUUGGUUUAGGAUGUGGAGACCAAAGCUUUUAAGAACAUGCUGAUGAUUGCAGAUUUAAAUGGAUCAAAACUAUUCUAACAUCAUCAUAACAGUGUAUAGAAACCGCCUGUGAUUCUCGCAGGUGUGUGCUUCCAGCUUGUCAAGCUAUUUUGUGAAAAUUUUAAGUAUGCGAUAUUCAAGUAGUCGAGGAACAAAUUGGGAAUUUCAAAGUAGAGGUUCGAUUUCUUUGAUAUGCUAGCUAAGUUGAUGAGCCUAAUGCAUCUGGUUGAGUUGUAAAUUAUAAAUUAUUCUAUUUAUGGAUAAUGAAAUUUUAGUCCUUACAUAUAGAGAUCCCUGAUAUUUUACGAGGUCUUGCAUCAAAUGUACAAAGAUUAUGUUUUUAAACAAUAUAUAUUGAAUUUUGUUGAUUUUCUAUAGAUGUUUAGAUGCAUUGAGAAGUGUUGGCUGGCCAAUGAGGAACAAACCUUGUAUUGGAAGCAAAACAAUUUUAGUCAUUGGUAUCUAUACUUGUAAAAUUGUUUGGGAGAACUUAUGAAAUGUCUAUAAGUUAUUUUCAGCUUAUUUUCAUUAA